AUGACGUCUGGCACCUUGCUUGCGAUGCCGAUGCUGAUCAUCAACAUGGGCGGCGAAAUGUUGUACGUGCUGGACCAGCGCCUGAAGGCCCAAAACAUUGCGGGCGACAAGAGCGUCAAAGUGCUCGUCGACGUUGUCAAGACCAUGUUCAACACCAAGUUCAUUUCGGAACUCUUUCGACCCCAUCACAUGUACUCGAACGUGUCGACGCGACAGAUCUUUGACCGGUUGGCCCAUUCGUCCAUCAUGCGGCUCAACCAGUCGAGCAUGGACAAGCUGUACGGCUUGAUGCGGAUGGGGUUCAAGUACAAUAUCCUGGCGUGCUCGUCUGCGGACCAACUCGUGCAAGUCACGAUGAACCAUCUUCGUUCGAUCAAGGAGAUAGUCUCGACGGACGAAGCGACGGCGCUCAUCGAAGAAGCAAUUGUCCUCACGGCAAACGUGUAUGGCACGAUGAGCCACGGCAAUUUUCUUCUGCUUAAACAAAGCUUGUGCCGAUUCUUCCAAGACGUUCGUAUCAAAGUGUCGCUCUUCCUGCAGACCGAAAUCCAAAACGGCGAUGGAAGCUUUGUCCUGCGCUCCGACGGACCCGUCGCCACGGGCGGCGACGUCCCUGGCACCAUUCGGUACUACAGCUCGUCCGGCGACAUCGAAGACGAAGACGCGAUCGAGUUGGACAAUGCGCGCGGUGUCAUUCCGUACGACGACAAGCCCAUCUUGUCGCGCGAUCCGACGCUAUGUCCGUAUGGAGAAAAUUUGUAUGUACCGAACGCCAAGCCUGGCCUCAAAGCGGUGCCAAAGACGGGCCAAGAAAUGGCAGCCGAGGCGAAGAAAUCCGGCUCAAAGGACGCCGGAGACGGCAAAGCCCUGUCACCGCCAAAACAAUGGAAAGCCACGGCGGCAGACGGCCUCAACCUCCUGGCCGACCUCUUGGGGGCAAAGGACACGAACGACGCCAAGCCGUGGAAAAUCAACUUGUUCGCGGACGAUCCCGACGAAGAGGACUCGAAAGAAGCCGACAACGACGUUGAAACCAUCCUGAUCGAUGCUCUGAGCGACCGCAAGACGACUCGAGCGCUGCUCGACGAAUUUGACGAUGACAAACCCACGCAAGACAAAAAAGGAGACGGCGACUCCGACGACUUGCUCAGCUUAAUGGACUCGACCUAGUACUCGACAUAACAUCGGCACCAUCGUCGCGCG